GUUUUAUUUUUGUUUUCCUGACUUUCAGAUGGUGGCGGUAAUGCACCAAAAGCUGGAUGACCAACCAUGAUAAAACAAAAAAAAGAAAAAGAAGAUUUCACAAACCAGAACUACUAUGAGCAGCAUGGAGGAAAACCAGAACCCGGACUUACUUUCUGCUACCAUCGAUAAACAGACACAAACAGGAAGAAAGGAAAUCAAAUAUCACUGCUGUCGGCACUCUGACGAAGCCGUCACCACAUCAAGAUAUUUACCAAUUCAUCAGAAAACUCACACUGGAGAGAAGCUGUACAGCUGUGAGCAAUGUGGGAAAACGUUCGCUCAUAAUAGUAAUCUAAAACAACACCAACGCAUUCACACUGGAGAGAAGCCGUACAGCUGUGAGCAAUGUGGGAAAACUUUCACUCACAACAGCUCCCUAAAAACACACCAACACAUUCACACUGGAGAGGAGCCGUACAGCUGUGACCAAUGUGGGAAAACUUUCACUCAUAACAGUAGUCUAAAAACCCAUCAACGCAUUCACACUGGAGAGAAGCCGUACAGCUGUGAGAAAUGUGGGAAAACUUUCACUCACAACAGUAGCCUAAAAACCCAUCAAUGCAUUCACACUGGAGAGAAGCCGUACAGCUGUGAGCAAUGUGGGAAAACUUUCACUCAAGACAGUAGUCUAAAACAACACCAACACAUUCACACUGGAGAGAAGCCAUACAGCUGUGAGCAAUGUGGGAAAACCUUCACUAAAGAUAUUAAUUUAAAAACACACCAACGCAUUCACACUAGAGAGAAGCCAUACAGCUGUGAGCAAUGUGGGAAAACGUUCACUCAUAACAGCUCCCUAAAAACACACCAACGCAUUCACACUGGAGAGAAGCCGUACAGAUGUCAGCAAUGUGGGAAAACUUUUCCUAAAGACAGUCAUUUAAAAACACACCAACGCAUUCACACUGGAGAGAAGCCAUACUGGUGUGAGCAAUGUGGUAAAACUUUCACUCAAGACAGUCAUUUAAAAACACACCAACGCAUUCACACUGGAGAGAAGCCGUACAGCUGUGAGCAUUGUGGGAAAACUUUCACUGACAACAGCUCCCUAAGAAAACACCAACACAUUCACACUGGAGGGAAGCCUUACUGGUGUGAGCAAUGUGGGAAAACUUUCAACCAAGACAGUCAUUUAAAAACACACCAACGCAUUCACACUGGAGAGAAACCGUACAGCUGUGCGCAAUGUGGGAAAACUUUCACUCACAACAGCUUUCUAAAAACACACCGACUCAUUCACACUGGAGAGAAGCCAUACAGCUGUGAACAAUGUGGGAAAACUUUCACUAAAGACGGCCAUUUAAAAACACACCAAUACAGUCACACUGGAGAGAAGCCGUACCGCUGUGAGCAAUGUGGGAAAACUUUCACUCACAACAGCUCCCUAAAAACACACCAACGCAUUCACACUGGAGAGAAGCCGUACAGCUGUGAGUAUUGUGGGAAAACUUUCACUCAAGACAGUAAUCUAAAACAACACCAACGCAUUCACACUGGAGAGAAGCCGUACAGCUGUGAGCAAUGUGGGGAAAAUUUCACUUACUACAGCUCCCUAAAAACACACCAACGCAUUCACAUUGGAGAGAAUGACUUGUGAUAAUUUAUGAUGCAACGACUUUUUCUUUAUUGCGUUUCAUGUUGUAUCCCAAAUCAGCGAUUAUGGUUACCAAGUUUAACCUUUGGAAGUAUUAACAUGCCACCCGCUUGUAGAAAAGCUGAAAUGUUACAUUGACAACAGUUGAAAAUAGCGAUGGUGUGAUUUUUGUUUUUCCUAAGAAAAGCAAUGUAUUUGUGAGAUUUUAUGUAUGAAUGUCUUCAUGGUGGGAAACACUGUGAAAGAAAUAGGGACCUUAAUGACAUCACCUGCACUUUGUAAAGGAGUUUAGUUCAAGGUAUCUAAAUGUCAUGUUUUAUAAAGUAAUCCCAAGAUAAAAAUGUUUUAACAAAGGAUGUAAUUCAAAAUCAAUGUUAAUAUAAAGUUGUAGUUUUCCAGAUGAAAAAUGUUUUGUAAAAAUAGUCUUGAUUCAAUAACGGCUGUUGUUAAGCCCUCCUCAUGUUUAUUUCUCUUUUGUGUACUCUAAAUAUUAUGUGGCUGACAGUAUAGUCAGCUCUUCUGCAGUUCUUGAAAUUGGAUGCAGCAUCUGUUGCAGUGAUAUGAAAAGUAACUCACAUCAUCACAGGAGUCACUUUUGGAGUGGAGCAAAAAUGUAUAAUGUCGCAAAGCAAAGAUUUGUAGAUGCCUUGCUGUGUGUUGUCAAAUUUGUGGAAGGCGGGCCUCCACACAGCCGCGCCUUCGUUCCAGUGAAACCAGCCCACCUUUUGUGACUUUGGUUGUCUGUUCGUUCCACUACUUGCCUUGGGUGUACUUUCAUAUGAAUAUGAUAAAAAUGUAAAGAAUAAAAUACACACAGGGGCUCCACAAGGGAGUGUCCUGGCUCCAUUCAUGUUCACACUGU